AUGUCUAGACCCCACGGGGCUACGCUGAACUUGCAUGUUUCCCAGGCGUUGCAAGCCGAAGGAGCGAUAGCCUCCGCCACUUCUCAGAAAGCGGCUCUGGAAGCUGCCAUCAAUGCCGCCGAACAAUACAUGAAGGCUCUGCGCCUCGCGCCAGCUAACGAUAAGGUUCAACUCGAUGCUAAAUGCAAGGAACUCAUCACUCGUGCCGAGCGGAUCAAGGCAGCCGCGGACUGGCAAUCAGCGGCCCGCCAGAAACCUGUCUCCAAGUUGCAACCCCCCACGUCCAAGCGCAAACUCACAACUCGUGAAGAGAUUAUCGUGCUAGAAGGGGCAAAGCUUAAUGGCUUUGUCUUUCCACCAUGGGAGCGCCCACCAGCAUCGGCUGAGUUUGAACAGCAAUUUACAGAUUCUCCCGAUCUACAACUAUCUGGUUGUCAAAAGAAGAUAUUCGCUGGGUGGGAGCGACCAUCCAAUUUGCUACAUGCCAGAAAUGUCGCGACACAAACACAAGAUGUGGAGAAGCCCGUGAUGUCUGUCAUGGGGAUAUCUGAUCUUGUACAAGAUGUCUUGACCGAUUGCUCUGUAGUUGCUAGUCUAUGUGCAACCACCUCAAGGUCAGAGCGGGGACUAGGAAAUCAUGCUUCGCCAGCGAUGUAUCCCCGUGAGCGUGGCUCAGACGAACCAGCUCUCUCACCAUCGGGGAAAUACAUAUUUUGCUUCUACUUUAAUGGCGCCUUUCGAAAAGUUGUCAUAGAUGACAGGUUACCAUCUUCAAAUACAGAACGAUCACUUCAUGUGAUUGACCGCAAUCACUCAACUUUCUUAUGGCCUGCUUUGGUUGAAAAGGCAUAUUUGAAAGUUCGCGGGGGCUAUGAUUUCCCAGGGAGUAAUUCAGGAACUGAUCUCUGGGUGUUGACCGGAUGGAUCCCCGAGCAAGUCUUCCUCCACAAUGAGGAUGCCACGUCAGACGAGAUCUGGGGCCGACUCUACCAAGCGUUCUCAUAUGGUGAUGUUGUCCUGACUAUUGGGACCGGCAAACUGACCGAGAGGGAACAACAAGGCCUGGGCUUGGUUAGCGAGCAUGACUAUGCCAUUCUCAACAUGAAAGAGGAGAACGGGCGACGUCAGUUUUUGCUCAAGAAUCCAUGGGCAGGCGCAGAGCCAACCAUCAUACAACAUGGCAGACUUGACCUGACAGACUCUGAGAACCCACCUUCACCUCUGUCACCAGGGACAUUUUGGAUGGAUUGCGAGCAGGUUUUCCAAAACUUUGAGAACCUAUAUCUCAACUGGAACCCCGGUUUAUUCAAGUAUCGUGAAGACAUCCACUUUACCUGGGAUCUUUCACAAGGACGCGCUCUUUCGGGUUGCUUCGUCAGAAACCCACAGUUUUCUGUCUACAGCGAAGGGGGAGGGACGGUUUGGUUGCUACUGGGCAAGCAUUUCAAGACUGACGACCAUAAUUACCUUAAAAACGAGGACAAGGAGCUUGGAUUCAUCAGUAUCUAUAUUUUCCAAGCUGGUGGUAAAAGAGUGUCCUUGAAUGAUGGGUCUUUACGCCGUGGACCCUACGUUGAUUCUCCAAAUACUCUCAUAAGACUCGAAAUGCCCCCACAAACGACCUACACCGUCGUGAUAUCGGAGCAGUCAUUACCAUCGUCCAGCCAAAACUUUACCCUCUCAGCAUUCUCGACAUCCCCAGUCUCGCUGGCCCCUUCAAGAGACAAGCACAUGUGUUUGAAGAAAGCGAGCGGCUCCUGGACAGCAUUGACAGCCGGCGGCAAUGCCGAAUCUGCACGAUACUCCUCAAACCCACAAUUCAGUCUUGAAGUUUCUGAAAAGACCGACGUUUCGAUUCUCCUGGAAUCGAACGAGACCGAGCUAGCAACGCAUGUCAAACUCUUCUGGUCCAACGGUCAGCGUAUCACGAGAGUCCGAAGCCGAGACAUCAUUGCAGACAGCGGCGACUACCGCCGCGGGUGUGCUUUGGGUGAAACAAAAUCCCUCGACAAGGGUAUAUACACCAUAGUAUGCUCAACUUUUGCACCGGAUCAACUUGGACGUUUCGAGCUCUGGAUAUCAUCGUCGAUUCCAUGCGUGGUGCGACCAUUGGCCUCUGAAUCUGCCGGUCGCCGAAGGACUGUAUCUAGUAUCGGAAUUCUGACACCUGGAAAGGAUCGCAUGCUGGCACCAUUGCGAGUAUCGCGCAUGACCCGCAUCAAGUUGAUUGCAAAGAGCAAAGUAUCUACAAUCGGGUCUCGCUCCGUUGCCCCGUCACCCGUCUUGAUGACCGUGGAACUUGGUCAAGGCCCAUACAAGAAGACAUUAGCAGUGUCUGAGGAUGGCAAUCAUUGUGAUGCUCCGUCCGGGGUACGUGUGGAUGACUUUGAUCUCUCACCCAGUCCUGGCUCCCACGGAAACAUUUGGAUCGUCAUUGAGCGCAUUGGAGGGCCUGGUGGACAAGUGGAAGAUCAUUAUGAGGUUGAGGCUUUGGCUGAAGAGCGAGUGGAGAUUGGAGAGUGGGCUGUUGAAGAUGAUUGA